UUUCCGUAACCAAAGUUACCAAACUCAAAAUCUUGCAAUCAAAAUCUAACCUAUACAAAUAUGUCUUCCUUACGAGCUUCGCCGCUACUUAUUGAUAACCCUUUACAUUCUUAUUCAUGUUCUUCUUCUUUGAAGAGAAUCAAUUGUUCUAUCAAUGCCCCAAAACUACCUAGAGUUUCUUUUUCUCUUCCAAAAGCAUCAUCUAGGAGAAGUCUGGUUGAAGACUUAGAUAAAUUCACCUCAGAGAAAAACCCAUUAAGUGAAAAGAAUGACUCCAUCAAAACACUACAUGAUGGUGUUCUAUAUGAGUCCGCAAAUUCUAAGGCCAUUAUUCAGCUCUAUGCAAUCUCGGAGGCUGUGGCUGACAGAAUUGAAAUGCAUAAAAACGUUGGAGAACAACGUGUGAAUUGGAACACGCUCCUAUUAAACUCCAUCAACAUGCUAACCCUCACGGCUUCAACCAUGGCUGGUGUUGCAGGUAGUGGUGAAGGUGCACCACUUUUGGCUCUAAAACUAUCAUCAACACUUUUGUUUUCUGCAGCCACAGGGAUGCUACUUGCUACCAACAAAAUCCAACCCUCACAACUUGCUGAGGAACAAAGAAACGCUGCAAGACUGUUUAAGCAGCUUCAGACACAGAUCCAAACUAAGAUCGCCAUUGGAAAUCCCAGUGAAGGUGAUGUGAGGGAUGCAAUAGAGAAGGUUUUGGCUCUAGACAAGGCUUAUCCACUCCCCUUGUUGGGUGGUGCAAUGCUUGAAAAGUUUCCAGCAAAGUUUGAAGCAGCUAGAUGGUGGCCAGAAAGUUAUAGAUUGAGCAAUGGCAAAGAGAAGAUAAUGGAGAUUAAGAGCAACAAAAAUAAUAAUGGAUGGAAUGUGGAGUUGGAAGAGGAAAUGAGGGAGGUUAUUGAAGUGGUGAAGAGAAAAGACAUGGAAGACUAUGAGAGGUUAGGGAACAUUGCACUGAAGAUAAACAAGGGUUUUGCUGUUUCAGCACCUUUGCUCACAGGAAUAGCAGCACUAGGGUCUGUGUUUUCAGGAGAUGGAUUAGUUCCUGCCCUUGCGGGGGCCUUGGCCACAGUGGUUAAUGCUUUUGAGCAUGGAGGCCAAGUUGGCAUGGUGUUUGAAAUGUACAGAACCUGUGGUGGAUUUUUUCAGCUGUUGGAAGAGACUAUUGAGGCCACACUUGAAGAGAAAAACUUGGAGAAAAGAGAAAAUGGGGAGCUUUUUGAAAUGAAGAUGGCUUUGCAAUUGGGAAGAAGUGUGUCUCAGCUGAGAGAACUUGCCUCAAAAUCUGCUUCAUGUCGUUUAGAAGGGAGGGAGAUUGAUGAAUUCUCCAGCAAACUCUUCUAGUAUUAAUAUUUGUUUUUGUUUGUUUAAUUUCUUACAUACCAUUCUUUUAAUUUUUGUUUUAAAUGUAUAUAAUGCAUGUAUAGUCAUCUGAUCUGGAAAAAAUAGGAGGCCGAUUAGAUGAAAGUCUAAUUUUUUUGGUAUAUAGAUACGAGGUGUGGAUAUAUUUACAUGGAUGAUGUUUAGUUCACAUUACUUUUUA